ACAUAUUGUGCUUAUUGUUCUAAGCCAAAGCCGCCAAGGGCACACCACUGCCGUUCCUGUAGAAUGUGUGUUUUGGAUAUGGAUCAUCAUUGUCCAUUUAUAGGAAACUGUGUUGGAGCAGCAAAUCACCGAAAUCUAGCAUUAUCUGGCUUUGGUAUUGGGAGUGCUGCAAGUAUAGUGAAGGAGAUAGUUGCUACCUUGGCUAGCUCAGCACUUCUUUUGUCUGCAAGAGGUCUAAUUCUUAUAUAUCUGUCAUUUGCAAGUCUGAGUGUGGAAAUUGGUAUAGUUGUGUUAUUGUGGCAGCAACUCUAUUGGAUUUAUGAAGUUUACAGAGUACUUUUGGGUUCUGGAAAUGCUGGAAAGUCACAAGAUAUAUCGAGCUCCAAGCUUCUAUAGAGGGUACAAAACAAGUGUUAGGCAAUACAAACAUCAGGAAGUUACCGAUUAUUCUGAUCAGAAUCUCGACUAUCAUCUGAUCGCCUUGGUAUGUUAUUUUCCCUCACUCCACGAAACGAAAAACAGGAGAACAAGUGUGAGCCUCCAAUGUCAGAUUCUUGAAUUCAACAGUUUCAGAUGCUGCUAGGUGGGUUUACCAGCCCGCAGAUAUUUGUCAGAGACAAGGACUUUCUUUUUAAACACACGAGGAAAAAAAUUCUCUUUAUGUACAUUUCUUUUUUACAUGUCCACCGACUACAUUACCAGCGGGUACUUGAUUUUGUGAGUGUAAAUUUCUCGUCGACUUUGUGUACAUGAAUAUUUUAUAUACUAGAUUUUCUUUGCACUCUACCUUCACAUAGCAAAUUAUAGGUCAUUGAACUUCGCAUAUAUAAACAAUUUACGAUUGUUUCUCUUAUGUAUCUGAAUGUGUCAUUUAUUUUGAAUAAUAACUGCAUCGUGCAUCUAUUGUGCUUUUAUGUGGAACUAAAAUAACACACCAACUGUGGCACAAAGGUUAGGAUUAUAUUGCCUUUCAGGCUUGUAUCAAGCAUGGGAAAGAAGGCUGUUUCCCUUCAUGAAUGCUUCCAUGGCCUGUGCCUUCCUUUGUGAUUGUUAAAGAGGACAUGCACCAUUACAGCGACAGUCAGUUGCAGAACCCUACCACCGUAUGUUCUUCGGAGGAAUUCUGAGAAGACCAAAAACAGAUCUGAUACUUCAAGAGUUUGUUGUUCUUGAGCAAAAAUGUAAACUUGUCUAGGUAUGUUUCACUCAGCUUAAAACUCAGUUCAGAGUUCUUAAAUACUUUAAAGCGUUGUUGUUAUUUGUUGCACUAGUUGUGUGUUCUCCCCAUGAUGACUCCCUGGUUUGUUGUUCUUGCAUUAAAAAUGUUGACUUGUUUGAAAAGCUUUGGAGGAACACAGAGAUCUUAGUUCACUACUUGUGUGUUUUCCCUGAUGAUCACUCUAUGGUUUGUUGUUCUUUCAUCAAAAUGUUGACUUGUUUGGCCAGCGUUGGAGGAACACACAGAUCUUAUCUCUCUUUGUUGUUCCACUACUUGCUGUUAGUCAUGGAAUAUUGGAUGACUUUUAUUUGGGAUUGAUCUUCAUGCUAUCCGCCACAUAUUAAAGUCAUGGAGCGUCGCUUUCUCUGCACGCAUUCCAUUACCAUUACCAUUACCAUGAUUUCUCUAAAUCUUCUUUUGGCAUCCAUGUCGUCUUCUUUUUCUGGCUCGCUUGUCUUCUUAUCGCAUCUCCAUCGACUCCAUACCUGUAAUUGAAUUCUCUUUGUCAAUAAGUAGAAGAUGGCGUAAUGGCACUCGUCAUCUAAUGUCCUUAUAGGAGUAGCUCUGUGACCGUCUUCUUAACCAAUACUCACUCCUAGUCACCAAUUCACCUUCAAGCGGCCAUGGAGGACAGCGGCUCCGGUCACCGACAGCUCCACUUCGUCCUGCUCCCAUGGCUCGGGACGAGCCACACGAUACCCAUGAUCGACAUCGGCCGCAUGCUGGCCGAGCGUGGUGUGGCCGUCACCGUCGUCAUGACGCCGGCCAACGCCGCCCGGCUGAGUCCAACCAUCUCCCACAUCGCCGACUCCGGCCUCGCGAUCCGCUUCGUCACCCUUCCCUUCCCCUCUGCUGAGGCAGGAUUACCGGAGGGCUGCGAGAGCUUCGACAGCCUCCCCUCCUUUGACAUGGUGCCCAACCUCUACUACGCUUCCAAGCUACUGCGGCACCCCCUGGAGGUUCUGCUCCGUGAUCCGACGGUUGCCCCGAGCUGCAUCGUGUCCGGCAUGUUCUACUCCUGGACUCCGGCGGUCGCUCGGGAGCUCGGCGUUCCAUGCUUCAUCUUCCAUGGCUUCGGCGCCUUUGCGCUCUUUUGCAUGCACAACCUCUACUGUUACAAGCCUCACGAGAGCGUGUCGUCGCCGACCGAGCCCUUCACGAUCCCGGACUUGCCGUUUCCGUUCGAGAUCACGAGGCAGCGGCUCCCAAUCCAAUUCCAGUUGCUGCCUCGGUUCUUGGAGAUGUGCGAGGAGGGCAGAGAGGGUGAACUGGCGAUGGACGGCAUCAUCGUCAACAGCUUCGACGAGUUGGAGCCGGGAUAUGCUGCACGCUUAGCGGUGGCCUCCGGAAAGGAGGUCCGCCCCAUCGGCCCGGUGUCGCUGUUCUGCAGGAGGAGCUCCGACAUGGCCGCGAGGGGCCAGAAGCCGUCCGUGGAAGCAAGCCGAUGCAUGCAGUGGCUGGAUUCGAUGAAGCCACGGUCUGUGGUGUACGUCAGUUUCGGCAGCCUGGCCAGAUUUGCGCCCGCUCAACUGAUGGAACUCGGCCAUGGGCUGCUCGCUUCAAGACGACCCUUCAUCUGGGUCAUCAAUGGCGCGGAAUCGCUGUCAGAGGAAGUGGAGCAGUGGCUGCAAGAGAAGCUUGAGAUCAAGGAGGUCGACUCAAGGUGUCUCUUGAUCCGUGGCUGGGCGCCGCAGGUGAUGAUCCUGUCGCACCCAGCGGUGGGAGGAUUCAUGACGCACAGCGGGUGGAACUCGACGCUGGAGAGCGCAAGCGCGGGCGUGCCGAUGGCGAGCUGGCCGCUGUUCGCCGACCAGUUCAUCAACCAGAAGCUGAUCGUGGACGUGCUCGGGAUCGGAGUCGCGGUCGGCGUGGACACUUCCGUGGAGCUGAAGCAGGCGCCGGAGGAUGGGGCGUCGGUCACGAGGGACGAAGUGGCGGAGGCUAUCGAGAGGUUGAUGGGGGGAGGGGAGGAGGGAGAAGAGAGGAGGAGGAAAGCCAAAGAACUCGCGGAGGAAGCAAGAAAAGCUGUGGCCAAGUGUGGUUCUUCCUACGAUAACUUGACGCUGCUGAUUGAAUCUGUAGCACAGAAAGCGAAGAAGAAUUAAUCCGGAGAUGUAUGCUUUAUUUGAAGGAUUAGAUGAUGAUGAUGACGAAGAGAGUUCUUCUGUGAUUAAUAUCCAAAUCCUUCUUA